GUGUACCAACAUUCGACCAGGAGAGACUGGAAUGGAUGUAACAAGCCGCUGCACCCUUGGAGACCCCAACAAACUGCCAGAAGGGGUUCCCCAACCUGCACGCAUGCCCUAUAUCUCAGACAAGCACCCUCGGCAAACCUUGGAAGUGAUUAACCUUCUGAGAAAGCACCGAGAGCUAUGUGAUGUGGUGCUAGUUGUGGGCGCUAAGAAGAUAUACGCCCAUCGAGUCAUUUUGUCGGCCUGUAGUCCCUAUUUCCGAGCUAUGUUUACAGGGGAAUUGGCAGAAAGCCGUCAGACAGAAGUAGUGAUCCGAGACAUAGAUGAGAGGGCUAUGGAACUACUGAUUGACUUUGCAUAUACCUCCCAGAUAACUGUAGAAGAAGGCAAUGUUCAGACCCUUUUGCCAGCUGCUUGCCUUCUCCAGCUGGCAGAAAUACAGGAAGCCUGCUGUGAAUUCCUAAAGAGACAAUUAGAUCCUUCUAACUGCCUGGGCAUUCGGGCUUUUGCUGACACACAUUCUUGCCGUGAGUUGCUAAGGAUAGCAGACAAGUUCACUCAGCAUAACUUUCAAGAGGUAAUGGAGAGUGAAGAGUUCAUGUUACUUCCAGCCAACCAACUCAUUGAUAUAAUAUCUAGUGAUGAGCUAAAUGUUCGCAGUGAAGAACAAGUAUUCAAUGCAGUGAUGGCAUGGGUCAAAUAUAGUAUUCAAGAAAGACGUCCUCAGUUACCCCAGGUGCUGCAGCAUGUACGUUUGCCUUUGCUUAGUCCCAAGUUCCUGGUAGGCACAGUAGGCUCUGAUCCCCUCAUUAAAAGUGAUGAAGAAUGCAGAGACUUGGUAGAUGAGGCUAAAAACUACCUCCUGUUGCCUCAAGAACGACCACUAAUGCAAGGACCAAGGACAAGACCACGGAAACCUAUCCGAUGUGGAGAAGUACUCUUUGCAGUUGGUGGUUGGUGUAGUGGAGAUGCCAUUUCCAGUGUUGAACGAUAUGAUCCACAGACCAAUGAAUGGAGAAUGGUAGCUUCAAUGAGCAAAAGACGAUGUGGAGUCGGGGUCAGUGUUCUUGAUGACCUUUUAUAUGCAGUAGGAGGCCAUGAUGGAUCCUCUUAUCUGAACAGUGUUGAAAGAUACGACCCCAAAACAAACCAAUGGAGCAGUGAUGUGGCUCCUACAAGCACCUGCAGGACAAGUGUUGGUGUGGCAGUACUUGGAGGCUUCCUCUAUGCUGUAGGUGGCCAGGAUGGUGUGUCUUGCCUCAACAUUGUUGAGAGGUAUGAUCCAAAGGAGAACAAGUGGACUAGGGUGGCUUCAAUGAGUACUAGAAGACUAGGUGUGGCUGUGGCUGUGUUGGGAGGGUUCUUAUAUGCUGUAGGUGGCUCUGAUGGGACAUCUCCACUCAACACAGUGGAGCGCUACAAUCCUCAGGAAAACAGAUGGCACACCAUAGCCCCUAUGGGGACCCGGAGGAAACACCUAGGCUGUGCAGUGUAUCAGGACAUGAUCUAUGCCGUAGGAGGGAGAGAUGAUACUACAGAGCUUAGCAGUGCUGAGAGAUACAACCCCAGAACUAACCAGUGGUCUCCUGUGGUGGCCAUGACAUCCCGCCGUAGUGGAGUUGGCCUGGCAGUGGUCAAUGGACAGCUCAUGGCAGUAGGAGGUUUUGAUGGCACAACAUACUUGAAGACCAUUGAAGUUUUUGAUCCUGAUGCCAAUACAUGGAGGUUAUAUGGUGGGAUGAAUUACCGUCGGCUAGGAGGUGGUGUAGGAGUUAUUAAAAUGACACAUUGUGAAUCCCAUAUAUGGUGACCA